AUGAAUGUAGGAUCGCAAAAGUCAUUUGUUGUUUUUCAAGCCAUUUGGAACAAUAAAAUGAAUGAUUUCAGACAGGUUACUACUGAAAUUUUAGAUGUAACGCAUCUAAAGACAAGGUCUGAACAUGAUACUUUUUCGCAACAUAACAUUCAUAUGCAAUAUGCCUACACUUAUUUCGUUUUGACUAUAUUUUCUUUAGGUAUGAAUAAUUCCGCCCAUUUUUUACCCCCUCGAGAGCAGCGUAACUACCGCUCUCAAAUGAUUGACAAUAUACUGCCUGAAGAGCAACCUAAAAUGGGUCAUCCAGGAAGGAAUCCAAAACAUUCUGUGUUUUGUUACGUACGUGACAAAGGUGAAGAACAAUAA